UGGAUGGCCGUGCAGUAGCGAAACUCUGCGGAAGAGGUGCACGACAGCACAGACUGGAACAUCUGCGCAAUGGGAACCGGUGAAGGAAGACCCAGGGUGUCGAUUAUUUCACCUGCCUGAACUGUUUCUGAUCACAUUCAUAUCGUAUUAAUACGGAUGAAAGGAUGAAAGGCUUCUUACUGCGCUGUGUUUUUCUCUGGGCGAUGUUGCAGCGGAGCAACUCGCAGAUUACUCUACCUGCCACAGAGUUAAACUGCUGUGAAGGGGACAUCCUCCUUCUGCUAGACUCUUCAGGAAGUGUAGCAAACUAUGAGUUCGUACAACUAUUGCACUUUGCCACCGAGCUGCUUCAACCCUUCUCAAUAGGCCGUGGGCACGUAAGAGUCGCACUGCUGCAGGUGGGCACAGACCCGCACCUGGAGUUCGGCCUGGACGUCCACACCAAUCAAGCAAGUCUGCAGAGAGCUAUGCGAAGUGUCAGGCAGCUGCAGGGAGACACCAACACCGAGGCGGCGCUUGCGGUGGCCCUGAAGCUUCUGACAGAGACGAAUGAGAACGUGCCAAAGGUUCUGCUGUGGCUGACUGACGGCGUGGAGCCUGGAAACGUGGACAAGCUGAUGACUGAGCUAAAGGAACGGGGAGUUUCUGUGUUAGCUGUUUCUACAGUACAUGGCAACUACCAGGUGUUACAGCGAGCAGUGACACCUCCACUGGAGUCUCACCUCUACUCUGUGGACAUAGAGAACAUCGACAUCAUCACGGACGACCUGAGAGAGGCCAUUAUCAAAAUUAUCCGUGCAGAACGGCUGCGUGUUGUUCACUUGACUUCCCACAGUGCUGUGCUGCAGUGGCGCCCUGUUCUGAGUAAAGACAGCGGCUACUAUGAGCUCUCGUACAGCUCAGUGCACGAAACGGACAGUAAAACUAGACGCGUUCUCCCAGGAGACUCCAGCUGGGUGGAGCUGACCAACUUGCAGCCUGAUACCAGCUACACAGCUACCCUCCGCCCAGAGUCCAACCAGAGGCUGUAUGACACGCUCUCUGUUGACUUCACCACACUUCCUGAUGUUUUAAGCCCAGCAGUGGUCUCCGUGUCAGACUCUGGCCCUCGUCAGAUCCGUGUGAGCUGGGGUCCCCUGCAGCCAAUUCGAGUCCAGAGAUAUACUGUGGAGUAUGGAGCUUUUCCAAGUGGACGCGUCCGCACCGUGACAUUACAGAGUCAGCAGAACUCCACCUUACUGAGUGGCCUGGAGCCGGGCACUCAGUAUGUGGUCACAGUCAGCGCUCUGCAUGUGAACGGAAAAGAAAGAGCCAUGUCUGUGAGAGCAUGCACCCAAGAUGCAGCUCUGCCAGCCCUGACUGACCUUAAGCUGACCGCAGUGGACCAUCAGGAGGUGCAGGUAGCGUGGAAGGGCCAUCAGGAAGGUUUGAAAGGCUACUGGCUGAGCUGGGAGAGAGAAAGCUCCCACAGCUCCUCCUCAAAGCCCUCCAUCUCCUCCAUCUACCUGCCCCCUGACUCUCGUUCAACACGUCUCACGCACCUUGCACCAAGCAGCAGAGUGUGUGUGUCCCCAAUCUACAGCUCAGGCCGAGGAGACGGGUUAUGCUGCACUGCGGAGACAUACGCAGAUUCCAGGCAGUCAGGUUAACAACCAGCGUCGGCAGCAAUCAGGCAGCAGGAGCUAAAAAGUGGGUGAAAUUGAACAUUUUGAGGGCUGGAUGCACUUGAUAACUUGUGCAGAACUGAAUAUUAUUAUGAAUAUUAUAAUUCUAAGUUAAAAUGUUCAUCUUGAAAUGAAUUACAUUGACAGAAAAGGCUUUAUCACAUAACCCCAGCCCUCUGUCCUCGAAAUGGCUGAGACAAAUCAGGCGUAAUUAUUAAUUUUUAUCAGCAACUUUGCAGGAAUGCUGCCCACCACAGCACCAAACAUUUGUUUCAACAUAUCAGUCAGGAGCAUAAACAGCUGCAGGGUAUGCUGGAAGGCAGCAUUUAGUUUGUGCAAGGAAUUAUUGUUAUUGGAAAUUAUUAUUUAUUACUAUUGUUAACUGUAAUGUCAGCGUCCUCUUAAAUUGUACUGUUACAUAAUUACAGGUGUAUUUAUUUGAAAAUAUAUUAAAAUGUUCUCUUUUCUUUGCAAGUAUAGAGUGCUCUAGGAGUGAGCCCUAAAAUUUGGAAAUUAGUUAACAUUCCAGCAACUCCAGAUACCUUGUCUAAAAGUCAUGCCCCACUUGUGAAUUUUGAAGUUUUAACGUGUCUUAAAAAGGCAACUGCUUAGAAGUGGCUAAAUGAGAUAACAGAACAUCAUCAUACCGAACACGUCUUUUCCGCCUUGUUAUGGUAGGGAUGUUAAGUCAUGUGACUGAGGUGUAGUUCUUUUAUUGCCUUACGUUAAACGUUAGAUUUUUACUUUUGGCGACUGUACUUACACUUCAAAAAUUAUAAAGUGGUGUUUAUUAGUGAAGAUUAUCUCGCUGAACAAAAUGUGGAAGUAUCGCAAAAGUUUGUUUGACACAGAGCUAAAAUCCCACUGGCUUUUUGAUGAGGGAACCAGGGCAACGCUUUACCUCCACGUCAGCUUACAGAGCAGUUUCCCCCUGGACAACUCUAUUAUCCUGCUCUAUAUUUUCCCUCCUUGCGAUCCUAAUGUCAGAGUAGAAUUACUGGCAUCAUCCGUCACUACUUUUAAGUCCUACAGCAGUAAAUAUUAUAUUUUCUGGGAGAAGGCUUAGAUCAGUUGAGAACGUGAGUAUAGUUUAAAUGGAGUUUGGGUUAUAAUUCCUUAAAAAAAUAAGCAUGAGGAAAAUUACAUAUUAUAUUCACAAAUAUGUAAGGAAUUGUAGAGCUAAAGCUAUGCAAUAAAAAAUACAAGUCCCCUGAUAAACUGCAACCUGAAAAGCUGAACUACACAAUUACAUUUCGUUUUCUUUUCAUUUAAAAUGAAGAAAAAGAGACGAUGUGAUAUAAGCAUCGAUUCAGAGGUCUGGAACUACAAAACUACAAGUCCCCUUAACCCUCAAACCUUUUCACUGCACAAUGUUUUGAUUUUAAUGUUGUCUUUCACAGAUGUAAUUAUUUUUAUUCCAAUACCAGUUUUCACAGGAAUGUUAAAUGAACUCAUCUAAAAUAUGAGCCUGAGGCUGAAGAAGCUGAAUGCCAAGUUAGAGAGCUACGACCUUGCGUGUUAAUGUUUUUCUCAGAUUAGCAGAGUGCUUGCUCUGAAUGAUGCUUCAUCUUUUGAAACUUAUAGAAGGUUCUCAUUUAUCUUGACAUAAAGACAUUGUUACUACACAUAGCAAUUUAGUGCCAAGUGAUUUUCAAAAAUCCAUGCAGGGGCUGCAGGCAACAAACCAUCGUAGUGAUGCAUGCUGGCAAAUAUUUUAGAAUAUUUUUAUUAUCUAUGAUCAAAAUUCUUAUUGUUAGCCACCAUUGUGCUCAUAAAGAACAUAACAAAUGUUCUGAUUUUGAAGCUGGUCAUUAAUGAGUCAAAAAAAGGCUUUGUUUUUUUUCCUGAAUAGAAAAUUUCAUCAACUUUUCUCUUAGUUUCACUCAGUAACAUUAGGCAGUUGCCUCACCUGCCAUGCUGGCAGCUCACAGUAAAAUCAGACAGGUGUGUUUCUGUGUCACUGUCAGUGAUAAAACGCAGAGUGGUUGGUGGUUUAAGAGAGGAUAUUUGUGUUUUAUGUGAUUAGCUCUUCAGACAAGCGUUAAUCUCUUACUGUAUCUGCAUCCUGUUUGUGCACUUUCUAUACAGCGCUCAAGUAUUAAAUGCUGAUAGUGAAUGUGUACUGUGAAUAUAUAUAUUUUUUAUUAUUCAUAUUAUAUUUAACUUUAUAUGCUACUGAAUUUGUGGCCAGAUUUGUCUGGUAAAAUGUUUUCUGGGCAAAUUUAUAUUUUAAAAAAAUGAUAAAGAAGAUUUAUAUAAAGAUGUUUGCACAGUGUCCAUACACAUUGGAUUUUUCUCCAGUUGAAAGGGAAUAAAAAAAACAGUAUAUGAAA